UCCAAUAAUAAUGUGAUCAAACGAGUCACGUUGAAAAGGGAGGAAGUAGAUUUGCUCUUUCUAUCAACUCGACAACGAGUAUUUGUGUGGAUUUUGAAAGAAGUCGAACCGUUGCCAUAACAUCAAAUCGGUCUGGAAUUUGGAAGUUGCAAUAAAAACAUAAUAAUAACCUUCAGUGAGAAAAAUGAGAAGAAAUGAACGCAUGUGAGUGGCUGACAUCGGCCGGCUUCAAAAGCUGAUUGGUUCUCAUUUGGAGCCGCUUUCGGGGGUAUCCAACUAUUAAGCACCUCCCCGUUCCUCUAAAGGGCAUUAUAAUACAGGGGACCUCCUUUUUAAAAGCCCAAUAUAUAUAUACAUAUAUUAAAUAGGUUAAAAUCACAGAGUGUUUUUUUAGAGGAAAAUAAAACAUCACCCUGGAGCGGUACAUGAUGCUCUCUCACGUCGACCUGCUGGACGCUCGGCUCGGGAUGAAGGAUGCCGCGGUGGAGCUCCUGGGACACAGAGAGUCACUGAAGUGCAGACUCGGAGUCGGUGGCGGGGUGUCUGAUACCGGACAUAACGGAGAACUUGGCCCGAGCCCGGAAACGCUAGAAGGCACUACCCAUCUUCCCGGAGACGAGCUUGGCAACGUGGGAUCCAAUCCUCCGAACGGCAAAGAGCAAGACAAGCAGCAGCAGCAGCAACAAAACCAAAACUCGGCGCAAUCUGUAAGUCAGCAAUCGCAGAAACAGAAACGCCACCGUACCCGUUUCACGCCUGCGCAGCUCAACGAGUUAGAGCGCAGCUUCGCCAAAACCCACUAUCCUGACAUCUUCAUGCGUGAGGAGCUCGCGCUGCGCAUCGGCCUGACAGAAUCACGCGUGCAGGUUUGGUUCCAGAAUCGACGCGCCAAGUGGAAGAAGCGCAAGAAGACAACAAACGUGUUCCGCGCUCCCGGCACAUUACUUCCUACUCAUCACGGUUUACCGCAGUUUCCUUCGGCAGCAAUUAACGACAGUCUAUGCUCGUUUCACGCAAACGACACGCGCUGGGCUGCAGCUGGGAUGCCAAGUGUGUCUCAGCUUCAGCUUCCGCCGGCGCUCGGCCGUCAGCCUGCAAUGGCGCAGUCACUGUCGCAGUGCAGCUUGGGAGGUGCAGGCCCGGGGGCGCCUGGUUCCAUGGGUCUCUCCAACAUGGCGUCUAACGGCUCGGCCCUGCAGUCGCAUCACCUAUACCAGCCCACGUUUCCGGGCAUGGUUCCUGCGUCACUCGCGGGCCCGACAAGCGCCAGUGCAUCCACGCAACUCUGCACCUCGUCAUCGACAGACGACGUGUGGCGCGGUACAAGUAUAGCAUCCCUGCGCCGCAAAGCGCUCGAGCACACAGUCUCAAUGAGCUUUACUUAAUGGCGAGCGUGGUUUCCGAAUAUUGUUUGGUCGGUACGUCUUCUUUUAUACCAUAUUUUCCCUCCAAAAGCCAUUUAAUUCAAAUUUCUGACCUACUGAACCCUAAUGCAUACGGACCCGGAUGUUAAUCUAUCUAUCUAUCUAUCUAUCUAUCUAUCUAUCUAUCUAUCUAUCUAUCUAUCUAUCUAUCUAUCUAUCUAUCUAUCUAGAUCUGUCUAGAUUUCAAUUUAUUCAGUGUUAUUAUUUGAGACUUUUACACCACACAUACUGCACAUAACAGACCGAAUGUAACGCGCAUAUUUGCAAUAUUCGACACAGGACGCUACCUGCCUUGUGAGGUUUUAUUUACGGAAACAAAUUAUUUGCAUUUUACGGACCGCAUUUUAUUUUUGUUUAUCUUUUUUUUACCGUAACUCCUACAAGCAGGAGAUCAAAAGGGCAACUGAUGUAAAAAAGAAGGGGGAAAACUUUCAAAUAAACGUCGAAUGCAUGUGUGGACAGCGGUAUCCGAUAAGUGGAAACUGAUUUAUUCUAAUUCUUAUUUAUUUGAAAAAGAUGCUUUAGGCUAAACUGUUCUACGGGAUGUUUUGUGUAGACAAAGCAUUCUUAAAAUGCUCUAAUUUCAUCAGUUUGUGCUUUAAGUUUGUCUGUACGUUCAACCAAUACAGAUUUCUUAAAUUUCUUAAUUGUUAUAUGCUUUCC